UCCAGCCACCUUCUAUUGUUACAAAAUAAAGACCCCAGCCCCACCAACUUUUACCCCACGUCACUCUGGUCCUUCCCUUCCACCACGAUGAUUACUCCUCAACACCAAAUUUACAUCCAAAACACUCCAAAUGACGGUCCUAACCAUGGAAACCUCAUAGAUGGCUGUCUUAACAAUGGCAGCCUUACAGAUGGCCACCAGGUGAGACAGCUUCAUAAUGCUAAGUUCAAGAGGAACCAUGCUCAAGAAAGUCUGACUAUUCGGGUCUCAAAGCUGAUAUGCGCAGUUUUUCUUAGUAUUUUGUUCUUGGUUGGUCUAGUAAUGUUUAUUCUAUGGCUCAGUUUACGCCCACAUCGUCCCAGGUUCCAAAUACAUGAAUUUUCCAUGCCUAGUUUAGCCGAAACCAAUGGGUUUUCAACUGCUCAUGUAACCUUUAACUUGACUUCCCAAAACCCAAAUCUUGAAAUAGGGAUCUACUAUGACAUGAUGAAUUUAACAUUGUAUUAUAAGGAUCAAAACAUUGCGGAAACACCAUUACUGUUUCCAUUUUAUCAGUCACCUAAAAAUACUGCCAUCAUCUAUGGCACAUUGUCAAGGCCCGUAUUGAUAAUUAAUAAUGUCCGCUGGAUGCAGUUCUUGGCUGCCCGAAAGCUCGGGGUAGUGUCAUUUAGGCUUGACGUGACAUCCUCUAUCCGGUUUAAAGUGUCCAAAUGGGACAGCAGGCACCACAAGAUGCAUGCAAACUGUGAAAUAGGGGUCGGGCCUAAUGGGAUGCUACUUGCAAGUGAUAGAGAGAAGAAAUGUCCGGUCUAUUUCUCGUAAGAAUGCUGUUGACCUCUUUCCCCUGUAAUCAGUUCAUGUAUGUUGGUCUGGAGGAAGCCACUUUAGAAACCAGCAAUAAAUCAAAAUAAUAACAAUGUUUUCUUUGUA